AUGAUUAACCAGUCAAUGCCUUCGGUUCAAAGAUAGUGUCGAGUGCAAACAAAGAUGAAAAAAUAAUGUCAGUGAGAUAUUGAGUCACUUUGUUUUUGGUGCUCUAGUGAAAAAGAUCUGAAUGAGCGAGGAAGACUUAAAUCAUAUUCAACCCACGGAGGACUUAGACAUGAAAAAGAUGUCAACAGACAGGCCUCAGAGGCGGAACGGGAGGGGGAGACCUGGAAGGCGUGGAAAUAAAGUGGAUGUGAAAGUGAAACUAGAAAGAAGUCGUCAGAGUGCACGUGAGUGUCGUGCACGGAAGAAGCUGAGAUACCAGUAUCUUGAGGACUUGGUCAGCAACAGAGAACAAGCCAUCUUUAAACUCCGAGAAGAGCUGGAAUUGUACAAACAGUACUGCAUUGAUCUUGACCAAGGAAAACUUCCAGAGCAAUUAUUGAAAGAACUAGCAAAUGCGAUGACAAAAGUGGAAAUCUCUAGCGCCUCCUUUAUUCCCAUGCCCACGCCUGAUGUCAUCGCAAACACCACAAGUAGCCAACAAGGACUGCAAGACAUGUACCACCAUCAAGACCCAGAUGUAGUAGGAUGUUUCAGCGAAGUACCAACCACUGGAAACUCCUCAAUAGACCAGUAUCCAUUAUAUAACCAUGCAGUGGGGGAUUGUAAUGUAACCUACUCAAACUUCAUAAAUCCAGUGUUGCAAACUCAGCAUUACCCUCUUCAAGCGCACAUGGAAAAAGGGAUAUUUUUGGACAGACAGCUGGCAAUGAGCAACCAGCAACCUCAUCCUGUUCAAAAUGAAUAUGAGAACCACAUACCUAACACGACCACCGCAUCACUCGAUACCAUUUCACCAGCUUUCACCUGCGCCAUAACAUUAGAAAAUCAAGUUACUUGUGGAAAUCCGGUGGCUCCAGCAAUGUCACAGAGCUUGAUGAGCAAAUCUGGGGGAAAUAUGUCAUAUUUGUCCCUUCUGCGGGACUCCAGUGCACCCCUUGACAUAGGAGACGAGGCUUUCAUGGACCCCGGAUUUUCGAAACCUCAUAUACAAACAACAGGAAGUGGAGGUAUGGUGAGGAUUCCUUCGGAUUCCAUAGUACCCAGCACCCCAGUGCUUCCUACCAUUUUGGAAGAAAUGAAUGUCGAAGGAUUGUGAAACUGAACAAUAUACUAGCGACGAUGUACCUCUUAGUGUUUACUAAUCUGACUAACAUUGAUAUUGAAUAUGUGGAUCAUCCAGACCGAUUCAGUUCAAUAUGAAAUGGAAAUUUUGUGUUUACUAUUAGAAUCUAAAUUCUAAAAGGAAACAAUUUGAAUGGAAAUCCAUUGUUAACGUGGCGAAAACUACCCUGUGAGGGAAAUUUAGAACCGUUUUCGUUCUGCACUCCAUUUUUUAAUCAUAUAGCUGCGUGACUAAUUUAUAUACUGAGGAUAAAAUGAAUGACAUCCAUUUAAGUGAUACUAUAGGGCCAGAUGUUGAUAAUGUUUAUAGAUUAAAAUUGCCAUUGUCUGAGGUUGGGAGUGGUAUAACUUAGAGUGUACACAUGUUUAAUAUGUUAUAUCAAAGUGUAAUUUAUUUGGAUUAUGUUUAAUAUGUAUUAAUCUUGAAAAUAAGUGUUAUUAUUGGAUACAAAUAUUUAUUUAAGCUUUUUGUACCGAGGCUUUAUGUUCAUGCUAUAACCAUGGUGCUUUUAAGAAAGAUUAGUUUAAUGAUAGAACAUGACUGUCGUUCAUAUUAGAUUUUGUAAAAUUUAGAUCAUUUUAGUGAAUAUGUAUGUGAAAAUACCUACCAAUAUUACUAGUAUAGUUCUUUAGUGUCUGUGUGUCCAUUGCGUACAAUUAUUGUAAACAUCAAAUAUAUUUUUUAUUAACCUGUACAAAUUGCAGUAUUGUCUAGUCACGUAAGCAUAUAUGUAUAGUUUUAAUAUUGAUGAAAAUUAUGGAGGUGUUUUAAUCUUCAGGACAGGCAGCAAACUUAUUUUACUUGGCUCUAAAAGCUAAAUUGAAAACAAUUUAAAAUGAUAAUCUACAUGACGUCAUAAAGUAAGUCAAAUUGACUGAAAAGAUGGAAUUUGAUUCUGAGAAAAAGCAUCAAAUUUGCCGUUACUUACGCACAUAAAUUAAUCGAUAUAUUUUUUUUAUCAUUAUUAAUAUCACCGUUUUAACAAAUACAAAACGCGUUUGAAAAUGUGCAUUAGCUCAAUGAUUUAUUUCAGGAAAUUAUUUGCUUGCAAAUUAUUUUUUUCUAUGUGCAAUUUGAUAUCUUACUCAAAUUGCUUUAAUCCAUGCGGGCAUGGCUUCCUAUAUUAGGAUAAUAAAACCAUUUGAAGUUCUGACUGUACGUUGUGUAUGAAUUUUAGUGUUAUAAAAGACCCAGUGAAAAUUGUUAUGUUAAAUUUGUUAUACUGAAUUUAAUUGUAAUAGUUAGGGCAGAUUGAUAUAUUUUCAUAUAUUUAUUUAUUGCUAUUCUGUUGCAUUUGUUAAUAAACCUAUGAAAUCGAAAA